GACGUCAGUGCGUUUGCAGCCUAGCAGCAGAAAAAUUAGGCGUAAACAAAGCAGAGCGAGCAGCCAGCUAACGCUCAGUAGCCAACGUUUAGCCUGAAAAAAGACCAACUUUAGCUUCAAUCGGUGAGAUUAACAACGGUUUGAGUGGAUUCAUGAUUACAGAGUGUAAUAAUAACAUGGUUACAGGCUCGUGGAUUUGUUCUGAGGCUGAAACUGAGCGAGUUUUGCUCCCUGUUGCUGCUGUAGCAUUAGGUAACCGCAGAUAACGGGACUCUGGAUCUGUAGUUCUCUUUAAACGAGGAGUCCAAAGCCCCCUGAGGAGACCACACAUGCUCGUGAUGUAGCUCCCUGAGAGGAAAAGUCGAUCAGCUGUUGAAGAGGGCUGCUGGAGGAGGAGGAGGAGGGGGACGAUCCAGGCUCCAUGACCACUUGAACGCUGUGAUCCGGACUCAGACUGAGAUGUUUAGCCUGAUGGCGAACUGCUGCAACUGGCUGAAACGAUGGCGAGAGCCUGCAAGGAAAGUGACUCUGGUGAUGGUCGGUCUGGAUAACGCAGGAAAGACGGCCACAGUGCGAGGAAUCCAAGGAGAGAACCCCCAAGAUGUGGCUCCCACAGUCGGCUUCUCCAAGGUGGACCUGAAGCAGGGCAAGUUCGAGGUGACCAUCUUCGACCUGGGCGGCGGGAAGAGGAUACGAGGCAUCUGGAAGAACUACUACUCUGAGUCUCACGGCGUGGUCUUCGUGGUGGACUCCAGCGACGUCCAGAGGAUCCAGGAGACGCGGGAGACGAUGGCCGAGGUCCUGCAGCACCCACGCAUCGCCGGGAAACCUGUGCUUGUGCUCGCCAACAAACAGGACCAGGAGGGAGCGCUGGCCGAAGCAGACAUCAUCGAGAACCUGUCGCUAGAGAAGCUUGUUAACGAGAACAAGUGUCUGUGUCAGAUCGAGCCGUGCUCUGCUGUCCUAGGCUACGGCAAAAAGGUCGACAAGUCCAUCAAGAAGGGCCUGAAGUGGCUGCUCAACAAUAUUGCCAAAGACUACGAGGCCAUUACAGAGCGCGUGCAGAAGGACACGGCCGAGCAGCGGGCUCUGGAGGAGCAGGACAAGAAGGAGAGGGCGGAGAGGGUGCGGAGGAUACGAGAGGAGAGAGAGCGUGAGGAGCGAGAGGAGGCGGAACGCGAGGGCAGGCAGCUUCAGGAAGACGAGCCCGACGAAGAACACAUGCCCAGCCCCUUUCAGCCAAUCAGCAACGUGAUCUGUGAGAACGAGGACAAAGAGAAGGAGAGGAAGAGGCAGAAAGUGCUGCAGGACACCCGGACCAACAACCAGCCGAUGGGUGGACAGGAGGAGGAGGAGGAGUACGAGGAGGAGGCAGACGACACAAGACAAACAGCGGAAAACGGCAGCUCAGCUACACCAGGAGAGCAGGACAGGAAGAAGACGAGGAAGCUGCACCUGAAGAGGAAGCACCGGGUGGACCCGCUCAGGACAGAGGACGGGGCAGCAGAGAGCCCCACCCCUCCUCCACCUCCUCCUCCAGUGGGAUGGGCCACACCCAAAGUGUCUAGGCUGCCCAAACUAGAGCCGCUCGGGGACUCCAGACACUCUGACUUUUUCAAGAAGCCGCUGCCGCCUCUAGCGAACAGGCCGCGGCCUAAUGGCGACGCUAGUGACGUCAUUUUUUAACCUCCCUUGUACUUGAGAAUUGAGCUCCUCCUGUCAUCAUGUUUCUGCUUUCUGUCUCAAGUGAGCGGAGUGUAGACAGCCAAGCUACACAGAGAGACACAGACAGAGAGACAGGGCGACUCUUGGCGUCAGGAGCUGGCGAGUGCCGAAGACACUGCAGACACAGAGCAUCGUGGGAAAUGCAGUCCUGCUCGGAGCCUGUUUUGAAACGGGCAGAAUCCAGCUGGAAACUUUCAGCCCGACAGACCUGAGUGAACACCAGGUUCUGUUUUCACUUCACAAAGCACACUCAGUGCAGAACUCUCGACUGAAACACUAUUUUUUACUCUUAAUAUCAGUGUUACACAUUUUGGACUUCAACUCAAAUGCUUUUCAUUUGACAAAGAAUGUAAAUAUGUCCCUUAUAAUCCUGUUUAUAUCUGUUACUGAACAAUGGAUUUGUACACACGCAGCCAUUAAAAAACACCGUAUUUACUUUUCUUUCUACACCUUUGUUUCUGUAGUGUAAGAGAAGGUGUGACAGUCUUCAAGGACGAGCUUGAGUGUAGAUCUGGAGGUAAAUAAAGGUCAAAAGUGGCUUUUUUCACAGCUGAGUGCUUUAAUUCUGAUCUUGUUUCAACAAAGGUUGAGUCAUAACUUAUAAGCUGAGGUUGGAAAAGUGUCCCACCAGGUGCAUUGUGGGUGUAAUUUGUCAUUUCAUACAUGGUGAAGUGUUACACUACAUAUUGAUUGUUAAUUGGUCAUUCUGAGUCAUGAGCGUCCCUCGACAUUUCAAUGCAAAGUUCAAAGCCAAGUAAAGAAGAAUCUUUCAUAUCUGUUCUCCGGCCAGCAGCAUCAUCCUUUUUAUUUAUUGUCAGAAAUUGUAAAUGUGUAAAAGUAUAUUUGUCUACAGGGCUACAGAUUUUUAUACGCAUUCCGCUGUUUACACUGUGUUCCUGUUUUAAAGUGAUAUUUCUCCCGAGGCGGGAAUCAGCCUCAGACUCGCUGCCUCUCAGGCGGCCCCCGAGGUCUGAGCCAGCACUGUUAUUACUCCAGCUUCUCUCGCUUCUUCUGCACCCUUUUUCUCUUUAAAUAGCCGAAAACAGCCGAAAGUUCCACUUCCAGAUGCACAAAAAAACAAAUCUGGCUGAAAAAAAAACAAAAACAACAUCACAAAUUGGAAGACUCCAUCGCCCCAAUUAAAGCCGGGAAAGUUGGCAGCGGAGUGAUGAGGGAGGAGGAAGUUUCACUACAUCGGCACCUGGAACAGCCAGUAAUGGGUCAGAUCACAUGAGAGUAUGUGUAGCACAACUGAGAUAUCACUUUAAAACUACCAUUAUAUUCCAAAUGUGCAGCACAGCACUGACUCUUCUACACAAACUGUUUGAACAGAAUAUUUUUUCUACCCUGUUUGAAUUUUAUAACCGCACAAUAAAAGAUGUUUUAAAUAUA